AUGGUAGAGUCUCUAAUAACUAUUGCUGAAAGGGCCAUAGAGAAACAACGACACGAAGUGCCAUUGGAUGAAUCUUCAGAGAAUGUGUAUAAUGGUUUCGAUGCUCAUAUAUCAGAAGAUAUCCAAAAUCUAGCCAGAGAAUUCUCCCAUGAUUCUACAACCAACAGUAUUAAUGAUUUACAGAGAUUGCAUACAAAUAUGUCAGAAGUACCAGGUAUUAACCCAUAUACUGAUGAAGCCCAUUCCCGUGGAAAAUUGAAUCCUGAGUCAGAUAAUUUCAACGCCAAGUUUUGGAUCAAGAACUUGAGAAAAUUGUAUGAUUCAGAUCCAGAUUAUUACAAACCUUCAAGAUUGGGUAUAGCAUAUAGAGAUUUGAGGGCUUAUGCGGUCGCCACCGAUUACAAUUAUCAACCAACAGUAGCAAAUGUCUUCUGGAAACUAUUAAAUGAUGGUGUGCAUUAUUUGAAGAAGCACGAUGAUUCAAUAUACUUUGAUAUUUUGAAACCAAUGGAUGGAAUAAUGAAACCAGGUGAACUUACAGUUGUUUUGGGUAGACCAGGAGCUGGUUGUUCUACAUUGUUGAAAACAUUGGCUUCACAAACAUAUGGAUUUCAUAUUGGUAAAGAAUCAAAAAUUAGCUAUGAUGGAAUAUCAUCAACAGAGAUUGAAAAACAUUAUCGUGGUAAUGUUAUCUAUUCAGCAGAAACCGAUGCUCAUUUUCCACAUUUAACUGUUGGUCAAGUUUUGGAAUUCGCUGCUAGAAUGAGAACACCCCAGAACAGAGGCGAGGGUGUUGAUAGAGAAACAUAUGCUAAACACAUGGCUAGUGUUUAUAUGGCAACCUAUGGUUUGUUACAUACAAGGAAUACAAAUGUUGGAAAUGAUUUUGUUACAGGUGUUUCCGGUGGUGAAAGAAAAAGAGUUUCCAUUGCAGAAGCAUCGUUGAGUGGUGCUAAUGUUCAAUGUUGGGACAAUGCCACAAGAGGCUUAGAUGCCGCCACUGCAUUGGAAUUUAUCAAAGCUCUAAAAACAUCUGCAGUUAUUUUGGAAAGCACUCCUAUAGUUGCCAUCUAUCAAUGUUCACAAGAUGCUUAUGAUUUGUUUGAUAAUGUUGUUGUAUUGUAUGAAGGAUAUCAGAUCUUCUUUGGUAAAGCCAAUAAAGCCAAGGAGUAUUUCAUCAGAAUGGGCUAUGAUUGUCCCCAAAGACAGACAACAGCUGAUUUCUUGACUUCCUUAACAAACCCUUCAGAGAGAAGGGCAUUACCAGGAUAUGAAAAUAAAGUGCCACGAACCCCAGAAGAGUUUGAAGCGUAUUGGAAGAGAUCACCGGAGUAUACUAUGUUGAUAAAUGAAAUUGAUUCAUAUUUCAUUGAAUGUGAAAAGUUAAACAUCAAACAAACUUACCACGAGUCCCAUGUUGCAAGACAAUCAAACCAUACUCGUCCUACAUCACCUUACACGGUGUCAUUCUUCAUGCAAGUUAAAUAUGUUAUGCAACGAAACUUUCUUCGUAUGAAAGCUGAUCCUUCCAUUCCAAUUGCAACCAUUUUAUCACAAUUAAUAAUGGGCCUUCUUCUUGCCUCGGUAUUUUACAAACUCAAGAAAGAUACAAGUACAUUCUAUUUCAGAUCUGGUUCACUUUAUUUUUCUUUAGUAUUCAAUGCCAUUUCUUCUAUUCUUGAAAUUUUAGCACUUUUUGAAGCUAGAGAAAUAGUUGAAAAGCACAAGAAAUAUGCUCUUUAUCGACCAUCUGCAGAUGCUUUAGCAAGUGUCAUUAGUGAAUUCCCUGUCAAGUUUUUUCAAUCUUUAUGUUUUAAUAUCCCCUUUUAUUUCAUGGUUGAUCUUCGAAGUGAUGCUGGUAGAUUCUUUUUUUAUUGGUUGAUUGGACUUACAUGUACUGUUGUUAUUUCUCAUAUUUUUAGAUCGAUAGGUGCAUUAUCAACAACAGUAUCAGGAGCAAUGACGCCAGCUACGGUUAUUCUUAUUGGGUUAAUUUUGUAUGCUGGCUUUGUGAUUCCAUUUCCAAACAUGUUGGGCUGGUCAAAAUGGAUCAAAUGGAUAAAUCCAGUUAGUUAUAUGUUUGAAUCUCUUAUGGUUAAUGAAUAUCAUGAUCGUGAAUUUCCAUGUGGACAGUAUAUUCCAGCAGGUCCCGGUUUCGAUGAACUUCCAAUCGAGAACAAAGUAUGUGCAAGUGUGGGUGCUAUUCCAGGUAGUGAUUUUGUUAAAGGUGAUGAUUACAUGAGAAUCACAUUUGCAUUCUAUAAUGCCCACAAAUGGAGAAACUUUGGAAUUGCAAUUGCUUAUGCAGUUUUUUUCUUGUUUGUUUAUAUUGCAUUAACAGAAUUAAAUAAAGGUGCAAUCCAAAAGGGUGAAAUGACUUUAUUCCUUCGAGGUUCAUUAAAGAGAUAUAAACGAAGAAAUGGAAUAAUUGGAGCACCCAGUGAUAUUGAGCUGGGAAAUAUUUCCCCAUUGCAUGAAAAGGAUCAAAGCUUUGAUUCGGAAAGAUUUGGUGAAGAUACUACUGCUGGAAGUAUUGAAGUUUGUGACAACAAGGAGAUUUUCUUCUGGAAAGAUUUGGCUUACCAGGUUAAGAUCAAGAAGGAAGAGAGAGUUAUAUUAGACCAUGUUGAUGGUUGGGUUAAGCCAGGUCAGAUUACUGUAUUGAUGGGUGCAUCUGGAGCUGGUAAAACCACAUUAUUGAACUGUUUAUCCGACAGAGUAACCACUGGUGUUAUAACUAAUGGUGUACGAAUGGUUAACGGACACGAGUUGGAUUCUUCCUUCCAAAGAUCAAUUGGUUAUGUACAACAACAAGAUGUUCAUUUACAGACAUCUACAGUUAGAGAAGCGUUGCAAUUCUCCGCAUAUUUGAGACAAUCAAACAAAAUAUCUAAGAAGGAGAAGGAUGAAUAUGUUGACUACGUCAUUGACUUGUUGGAGAUGACUAACUAUGCGGAUGCAUUGGUUGGUGUUGCCGGUGAAGGUUUGAAUGUUGAACAAAGAAAGAGAUUAACUAUCGGUGUUGAAUUAGUUGCCAAACCUAAAUUGUUGUUGUUUUUGGAUGAACCAACUUCUGGUUUAGAUUCGCAAACCGCCUGGUCUAUUUGUAAAUUAAUGAGAAAGUUAGCUGAUCAUGGCCAAGCUAUCUUGUGUACUAUACAUCAACCGUCUGCAAUUAUUAUGGCUGAAUUUGAUAGAUUGUUGUUUUUACAAAAAGGGGGCCAAACUGUAUAUUUUGGUGAAUUAGGUGAUAAUUGCCAGACAAUGAUUGACUAUUUCGAAAAUCAUGGUGCUGACCCAUGUCCAAAAGAUGCAAAUCCAGCAGAAUGGAUGUUAGAAAUUGUUGGUGCAGCUCCAGGAUCUCAUGCCAAACAAGAUUAUUUUGAAGUUUGGAGAAACUCAAAUGAGUAUAAAUGUAUUUAUAAUGAAAUCAGUCGUAUGGAAACUGAAUUACUGAAAUUCCCACGUAAAGAAGAUCCAGAAGCACUUUUGAAAUACGCAGCACCUAUUUGGAAACAAUAUUUACUUGUAAGUUGGAGAGCAAUUGUACAAGAUUGGAGGUCACCGGGGUAUAUUUAUUCGAAACUAUUUUUGGUUGUUGCUUCUUCGUUGUUUAUUGGAUUCUCUUUUUUUAAAGCCAAGAAUGACAUGCAAGGAUUAGUUAAAUCAGAUGCUUGCUGUGUUCAUGUUCACUGUUCCAUUGACUACGAUUAUUGA